CUUAAAAUUGAUUCAAUAUUUCUUUGGUUUGGUUGGAAGAAAAUCGAAAGAGCACGUUUCAUUUAAAACGUACCUGAAAGUAUAUUCUAUUUAAUGCAUUUAGCGCAUUGACGCGUUGGCGCUGACGGUAACGUUUCGUUUCAUGAAUUCAGUAUGACGUGCUUUAUAUUUCUUCUGAAAAUAGCAGAUCUGAUGCAAACAGUGAAAUGAAUCUGAUUUCUAAUUUGACAGAUUUCAUUGAUUUUUUAAUUAAGAAUAAUGCUUAUAAAUAACAACAACAACAACAACAACAAUAAUAAUAAUAAUAGUAAUAAUAAUAACAAUAAUAUUAAUGACAAAAUAAUUUGUACAUCUUAGAAGAACAACAAUAUCAAAGCAAAAAUGCAUACUACUUUAAAUGAUACUUCUGAACGAAGAUUCGAAAUACAAUGUAAAUUGGAAUCAGAAAAUGCAGCUUUAGAAGCAUUGAAAGAAGCAGAAGAACGAAGUCGAAAACUAACAAGUGGUGUUCUUGGAAUACUUUCCUCUUUGGAACAACGUUUGGCUACUUUACGGCGUACCAUACUUCCUGUUUAUAAUGAAACUGGAAAUUUACAAUCUCAGCAACAUAAUAUAGAAAAAACACUUAGUAUAUUAGAUCAUGCUAUCGGAUAUUAUGGGGUAUGUCAAGAAGUAGAAAAGUCAAUACGUAAUGGACCUAGUAGUUCUGCAGGUUUAAGCAAUUUUCUUGACGCUAUGAAUCGUUUAUACAAUGCUCAACGAUAUUUUCAAAAAAAUAAUCCAAGUUCUGUGGAAUUAGAGAAUGUUACAAGUUUAUUUGCCAUUGGAUUAGAAGCUUUGUACACAGAAUUUCAUGAUAUUUUGACCAGACAAAGUAAACCCAUUUUACCAAUUAUUCUUUUGGAUCUCAUUGGUUCUGACGAGGAUACGAGCGGAGAAGACGCCCCGCAGUCAUUAUGUCAAUUACCAGAAGCUGUCAUGGAUGAUUUACUUAAAAUUGCUGGUUGGUUAGAAGAAAGAGGUCAACAUAAACAUGCAAAAAUUUAUGCUUCUGUACGUUCUAGUAUUGUCCUUCGAUCUUUACAGUUACUUAAAGAACAUCAGAGAAGUGCAAGUGGAGGAAGCACACAUGCAGGCAGUCCAAUGCCGAGAGCCAAAUUUGCUAAUCGUCAUUCAAGUGGUACUCAAGAAACGACAGGAAGAUGGGCGUCGCGAAGAUUACAACACGCACUUGAAAAGAAAGCAAGUAAAAUGUUAUUUAGAGCAUCACAAACUACCGGAUUUGGUUUAUCUUUAACUGCAUCAAGGAAACCACAACCACAACUAUCUGGAUAUUCAAUAGAAGAUGUAGCACCGGAUGAGCAGGAAAUGGAAAAUUAUCUUUUAUUAACUGCAGGACUCCAUAAACUUAUGCAAGCAGAACGCUCGUUGGUUAGUAGAAUUCUGCCACCUUCUUUACAACUUCAAGUACUUGAAGCUACGGUACGCAAUGCUAUGGAUCUUGUGGCUCACGAUGGAGAAAGUAUUGCAACAAGGGCUAAACGAUGUAUCGCAAGACGUGAUUUUUCUGCAGUUCUGGUCGUUUUUCCAAUUUUGAAACAUCUUGGAGAACUUAAGCCAGAUUUAGAGAGGGCAGUAGAAGGAUGUGAUUAUGCCCUUAGAUCUAAAUUUGCCUCUGUACUCAAUGCAUUGAACGGAACAGGAGCUAAAGCUUUAGAAGAUUUCGCAGAAAGUGUCAGAAAUGAAUCCAGUGCAAUUUUACCUAAAGAUGGUACUGUAGCGGAAGGUACAAGCAAUGUCUUAGUUUUUCUAGAACAAUUAGCUGAAUAUGCAGACACUGCAGGAACUGUUCUUCGACGUAACGCGGAUGUGGAAUCUGUUAUUCCAUCUUCUGCAAAACAAACAGAAAAUGCACAUAAAAUUGUACUUGGCAUUUAUAUUAAAAAGGUCUUAGCACAAUUGAACUUAGCAUUAGUCAGCAAAAGUGAUGCAUCGUAUUCUGAUCCUUCAUUGCGAGCGCUUUUUCGUUUAAACAAUCAUAACUAUGUUGUAAAUGCUUUACGUCGCAGUUCUCUAAUGGAACUUUUGCUAUUAGCAGAACCAACUAUCGAACAAACUUACGUUGAUUUACUUCUCAAAGAUAAGUCCAAUUAUGUCUCUACAACGCUUGUUAAAGCUCGUGGUUUUCUUGAACAUUCAUCCGAUGAACCAGAACCUGGUUCUAAAAUACUCAAAGAGAAGUUCUUAGGAUUUACAAGGGAACUGGAAGAGCUUGCUAAAUGUCAACGCUCUUAUUCUGUACCUGAUGGACGUUUACGAGAAGAAAUACGUAAAGAACUUGAACAAGCUAUCGUUCCCUUGUAUACUGCUUUUUAUAACAAAUAUCGUGGAGUAUCUUUCUCAAAAAAUCCAGGAAAAUACGUCAAAUAUACACCAGAACAAGUUAAAUCUCUAAUAAAUACUUUCUUUGAUGCGUCGGCAUAAAAUAGGAUUACAAAGAACAUAGUUGAACAAGAUGGAAAGAUGCUUAAUAAACACCCAUUUAAUAAAGCAUAUUUAGUUACAGUA